AGGAGAGCGCUCUCGAGAUGGUCAGUGUUUUUAUAUACCUUGAGAUGGCCGUGGAGAGAGGUCAUCAAUCGAGUUCUGUAGCCUUGAGCUGAAUACAAAAUAAAUAUUUGAGUGAAGACGUUGAUUGUAUCAAGAUUGUAUGCGAUAAUUUUACACGUGAUCGAAGGUUGAUUUAAUAACAAACCUUUCUUUGAUGGUCUUGGGCUUAUUGGAAGUGUCGUUGCAAUGUCUUGUGGGAAAGUUUCAAAACUUCUGAAGGUAUUGCGGAUUGCUCUGCCAGAGCCAGCCUGUCGUCCCAUCCACCUGACAGCUGCCUGUAAUAAGGUCAGCUCAGGCCGCUACAAGGUCACCCGCAGCAAGAACAGGCCGCUGACCUACGAGCAGGCCAACCCACCACACUACUUGUUUGUCAGAAAAGGCUUCAAUUCAUUCAACACAUCAAACCUCAAGGAUGGCGUGCGUCCCUCCGAGACCGCGAUGGAGGAUAUGUUCAUCCGCAAGUUCAUAUCGGGAACAUGGCACAACAUGUUUCUCUCCGAGGUGAUCAUCAAACGUCAGCUGAAUAUGAUUCGGAUCAGCGGUAUCGUGGUUCGGGGCAUCCUGCCGAGGAAGAUGUACUUUCUGAUCGGCUAUACCGAGGAGAUGCUAACCAACUGGCUGCAGUGCCCCGUCAAAUUAGAGCUGCAAACUACAGACUCUCGGGACGAUGUAGUCUUCAAGUACAUUUGAAUAGGUGUCAAGAUGAAGAAGUGUGGAUGCCAUUAUGGUGUGUGAUAGAUAUUGAUUCGAUCGUCGGACUGGGUAGUGGGUUGCUUGAAUAUUGUUCUCGUGAGAGAACGUACGCCAAAUGAAAGCUUGCGGUUGGUUUUGAUGCGUCGUACUGUUUCUGGAAACUGACGAGUCAUGCAAAUAUAGAGAACAUGUCCGGGAUCUUAA